CCCAAGAGCACUACGGCGAGCCUUCUACACGUCAGCACCAUCCAAAUCAGUACCACAACCAGGAACCCGAGGACCUUCGUGAAGAUGAUGAGCUCAUCCUGAAGCGCAGGAAGAAGGAGGAGCGCAGGCGCCGCAGGGGUGAAGACGACGAAGAGCGCAGACGGCGGCGCGAGGAACGAAGGCUGGAACGGAUGAACACACAGCAGCAGUACUACGAAAUGCAAAUGCCACACACGGAUUCUGUCCCCGAUGGGGAAAAUGAUAGUUUUUUCAAUAUGAACUUGUCCGCCACAUCGUCGAAUAAACGGAGACAGGAGGAGGAGCGACGGGUCAGGGAAGAGGGGAGGAGAAAACGGAUGUAUGAGCAUCGGGCGGCAGGAGGCCAUGGUUUAGACCGAGCGACUUCCUCUGCGACCGCGUCUACUUCUAGAAGGGGAAGCGAUCAGAAAUAUGGUAGCUCUGGCGCUGCAAGGUAUGUUGACCCGUACGGAGGUUAUUAUGAUCAGGAGCGGUAUAAUAGCAACCGGACCCAAGAGAGGAAUACAGGCGAUCAUGAGCAGUUGAACUAUUACAAUCAAGUGCAGCAGCAGCAAAUGCAACUUGGUGUUGACAGCAGUUCCCGGAACAACAUGCAAUCAAAUCCUAACGCGGCUGAAAAUAACAGCCAACAGCCCACGAACGAUCGCAGUCAGAUUCAAGAAUUGUUAGAUCAAUCAAGAAACUUCGGGAAGCGGCUACAGGAACGAGCGCAACAAAGGUCGAGCGCGGGCGCGGCAUAUGGGGGAGGGAUGAAUACGGGAAAUCUUCUCGGACAGUCUGGUCUGUCCUCUUCAUCUACAGGAACUACGGGUACUAGAGCCGCUGGACCACAUCAAAGCAGUGCGAAUCCACAAAACCACCUGCGGAAGACCGCGAGUACGAAGGAACGAAGGUCACAAGAAUCCAUCUCUUCCAGCUCCUUUUCCGCCUUUUGGUCCGCUUUUCUCAGUCCCACGUCAAACAACCCAAGUGGGAAUAUUAACAAUAACGAGAACGGAGAAGGAGGUACUUUUCGUGGGGAAAACAAUCAAAAUUACGAUCCAAACGAGGAGAUGAAUAACAACGGAGCAGAACAAAACAACUUACAACUGAUCAUCGAAGAGGAGGAGGAACAAAGACCUAGUUCCGGUGACGGGAGGAGGGAAAUUGAGAAACUGCGGCAGCGGGCAAUUUCGAAGUUGAACAAAUCGGCGGACCAGUAUUUGCGCGGGUCUAGUACUUCUUACCGCGGAACAACAAGUGGGGUGCUGAACAGGUCCGCUGAUUUAACUGGCUGGAAAACCACUUCUGGUGUUUCCUCCAGUAGGCACCGCGACUACUCCACUGGCGGCGGUGGGGCGAGAACUGGUGGGAGUUACGGAACAACGACGAGAAGCGGUACAACGACGAAAAACACAAAGGAUUUUUGGCCAUUGAACAGCAACAAUAUUUCCUCACCAAGAAAUCCAAGCGGCGGACCCUAUGGAUGUGUCAGAGUUGAAAUCGACAAAGUUGAAAUAAUUUGUCAUGCAUAAAAUGGAUGCCAGUUGGAACCCAGUUUUCAAGUGGCGCAAGACAAAUUUUGGUGGUCCCUAAAUCCGCUUUCUCAUGCUACUUUAGCAGCUCUAGCUGUAACCCCAAACAGGCUUACAAUCGGCCUCACUUGCCUGCUCUGCAACACACGUGCCUCGGGUCAUGCAUUUUAUGCAUUACAAAUUAUUUCAACUUUGACGAUUUCAAACCUGACGCUUCCAUAGACCCCCUAUAAUGCGGAAUCCAAGUUCGAACAAUAGCAAAUUAUUAAGCCAGAGUCUCUACCAACUGCAAAAAUGUCUGGGUCUGGAAGAUUCUGACACUUGUCAUGCACGUUUUGCAUGAGCCAUGACGUCUGUGAUGCAUACCCUACUAGCAAUACAGAUUUUUUGAUGGUUUCUUGAUGCCUAUUCCGCACGACAAAUUCCUUGUUAGCGUCGCAUAAAUUGCAUUCCGUUUGAUACUCAUGCAAUACAGAUUUUUUUGGAAUCUAAAUACAGCAUCACAAGUUGUAUUCUUCCAGACCCAGACACUUUUACAUUUGAUAGUCUCCUCUCCGACAGCAUGAUGAAUACAAACCAAAAUACCAAUCCCCGUGGAGGUGGCAGUGGGACCACUGGAACCGGAAUAUUAAACGCAACCAACCCAAACCAAACGAUGAACUUGAACACUUCUGCGGAUGCUAUUGACAUUACUGAUUUGUUGAAACGGUCAAGAUCCGCGGGGCCGGCGAGCUGCGCGCAACAGCAACUCGCGAUGUUGCAUGGCGGAAACAAUAAUUUCCAGCAAAUAAACAGGUUCCCCACGCCCCCACCCGACCACGAUGCGAAUUCCAACCGGCCACCGUUGUUCUUACCUGAAGUCGUAGUUUCCGCCCCUGGGAAGUCAAUCACGACUUCUACUUUAAAUUCCUCCGGUAUGCUGGGAGGGUUUGGGAACGCAGCAAGCUCUUCUUCUUCAGCAAGUUCAAGUAGUGCGAGCGCGAGCGGGGUGGUUGGCGGAGGGACAAUCAAUUUUGAGCAUGGGGGUAGUAGUGUGGGUUGUCACCAGGUGAACUUGAGUGUGAUGCCUGGAAGUGGGGGACAAGGUCAAGGGUCUAGCUCGGCCUCGACCUUGGCGGGAGGAGAAGGUGGUGGUAAUAGUACAACAUGGGCUGCAUCAACAAAUCAUGCAGCAGCACACUCGUCUUCCCCAUCCGUUUCCGCAAUACAAAUCACCGGGUCCUCUUCGCCUAGAGCAAUCCCAAUUCAAUCUGACAAGAAAGGGGAAGAAGAGGAGCCCCCAGGGGUGAUUAUCACCCUUUCAGAAUUAGAGAAAAUUUGACGAAGAUAUGGCAAAGAUGAUGAUUUUGAUGCAGUCGCCAUCUCGCGCAGUGCAGCACUGUAGGCGUCGCGAAACUUUUUUUGCAGCCCCAGCUGCUGCUGCUUAGUACUAAUAGUUGAAACCCAAAUAUAACGAUUUAGAAUGGGGCGCCUGCCUUUCUUUUCUUGCGCUUCAACGUUUGAUGUAGUCUUGAGAAUAAAGUUUUUUUUUGCUUCGCUUGUCGAGUUUUGCACGUUAGGAUUGUAUCGGGAAUAUAUCAUUUUCGUUUUUCCACCAAAUGAACGACUGACUUUUUGAACACAGGAUCUUCAGGAACGAACCAACUGGAAGUGCGUACUUAAUGUCAACAUCGGGGAGAACUCAAUCUAAUGAAGUCCCGGUCAGCUGCACGCUGUGAUGAUAUUGCUAUUGGGCUGGCAUAGAUCAUGAUCA